UAGAAAGGCCCGGUUAUAAAAGAGAUCGCAUGAAGUUGGAAAUCCAGUUCGAUGGUGGUUCAUCGACAAGACCUCAUCGUACAAGUGUUAUAAUCAUUUAGAUAACCAUGUCUACGAGUGGGCCGGAAAUAAUAGCUGGGUCAAUAGCGACCACUUCGGCCGCCGGAUUUUCAGCAACCACUGUGUUCUUAUCUCUUCUCAUCCCCGCAGUCGUUCUGUAUUACAUCUAUUUCCGAAUCUCUAGGCGUCAUAUGAUCGAACUUGCCGAGAAACUGCCAGGUCCACCAGCUCUGCCUCUCAUAGGAAAUGCUUUGGAACUUCUUGGAAGCUCCGACACGAUCUUCCAGAAUUUGAUAAAGAAAUCAAAUGAUUACAACUCUGUGAUCAGGUUGUGGGUCGCUCACAAAUUAGUUGUCUUCUUGUUUGAUCCUCGCGAUGUUGAAGUGAUCCUCUCCAGCCAUGUGUACAUCGACAAGUCACCCGAAUACCAAUUCUUCAAACCAUGGCUUGGUGAUGGCCUCCUUAUUUCUAGUGGUCAGAAAUGGCGUACUCAUCGCAAACUGAUCGCACCAACCUUCCAUCUGAACGUAUUGAAGAGCUUCAUCGACUUGUUCAAUGCAAACGCGAAAGCUGUUGUGGAGAAAAUGAAGAAAGAGGGUAAAAACGAAUUCGACUGCCAUAACUACAUGUCUGAACUCACCGUAGAAAUUCUUCUGGAAACUGCCAUGGGCGUUUCCAAGUCUACUCAGAACCGCAGUGGAUUCGAAUACGCCAUGGCCGUGAUGAAGAUGUGCGACAUUCUCCAUCUACGUCACACCAAAGUAUGGCUCAGACCUGACUGGCUGUUCAAUCUGACAAAGUACGGUAAAAAUCAGAUCAAAUUACUCGAAGUCAUCCACGGAUUGACCAAGAAAGUCAUCCAACGGAAGAAGGAAGAAUACAAGAGCGGAAAACGCAAUAUCAUUGACACUAGUGCCCAAAAGAACGAAACCAAAACCAACACCGUCGUAGAGGGUGUUUCAUUCGGCCAGUCGAUCGGUCUUAAGGACGAUUUGGACGUGGACGAUGAUGUCGGUGAAAAGAAGAGACAGGCUUUCCUUGACCUCCUGAUCGAAGCCGGUGAAAAUAACGUUAUUCUUUCUGACAAAGAAGUUAAAGAACAAGUAGACACCAUUAUGUUUGAGGGACACGAUACAACUGCUUCCGGAUCCAGCUUCUUCCUCACGAUGAUGGGUUGCCAUCCUGAUAUUCAGGAGAAAGUGAUCCAGGAACUCGACGAGAUCUUUGGCGACAGUGACAGGCCAGCCACCUUCCAAGACACCUUACAGAUGAAAUACCUCGAACGUUGUCUCUUGGAAACGCUCCGAAUGUAUCCACCUGUACCUAUCAUUGCUCGUGAAAUUAAAACAGAUUUGAAAUUAGCGUCUGGAGAUUAUACUAUCCCAGCUGGCUGCACGGUUGUUGUCGCCACCUACAAGUUGCACCGAAAUGAAGACAUCUACCCUAACCCACAUGUUUUCAACCCUGAUAAUUUCUUACCAGAAAAAACCGCGAACCGUCACUAUUACGCGUUCGUCCCAUUCUCGGCUGGACCACGAUCCUGUGUAGGCCGAAAAUACGCCAUGCUCAAAUUAAAGAUCGUCCUAUCGACAAUCCUCAGAAACUACCGUAUAAGAUCCGACAUCAAAGAAUCCGAUUUCAGACUCCAGGCUGACAUCAUCUUGAAGAGAGCUGAAGGAUUCAAAGUCAAACUCGAACCUAGGAAAAUGGUAGCUGCUACGGCAUAAGACAACGAGGACGCUUUAUACAAAAAUUCCGAUUGAAAGGAGAAAAUACAAUUGGCGGGUUUCCCGCGCAAUACGCAACAAGUUCAGC